AUGUCUGAAAAAACAAUACAUGCAUGUUCUUUUUUACCUAUCCUCUUAUCGUUCUAUUUCUCAGGUCUCCUUUUCCCCUCCCAUCCCUUGUCGACGAUCUGCUACCCUCCAUUAGCACUCCGCCACCAACCGGUCACCGCCUCCACCAAUGGUUCCGCCUCCGCACCACCAUUGACGCUAUCCAGCUCUGUCAAAUUCGUCAACAACAACAAUCAGGAAUUACAUGCAACUCAUCCUUCCUUUGCAAGGAAUUUCAUAGGUUAUUGUUAUGCAGGCAUGGGGGCAACAUAUGGGAUGGCUAAAAGCGGUGUUGAUGUGGCGUCGAUGGGAAUGAUGAGUAUCGGGAUUAACCCAAAGGCCAAAUCUUAUUAUCUCUUUGAUGGAUACGCUCAUCUUUCCUCUGGUCUUGCUUGUGGCCUUGCUGAUCUUUCUGGUGGUAUGGCUAUCAGAAUUGUUGGUGAUGCUGGUGUUAGGACUUAUAACCCAACAGAGGAUGUAUACAUUUGA